AUGGCGUGCGUGCUCUCCAUCGAUUCUGCCGUUAGAAUGAGGGUGCUCGCGGUCCUGGGCGCGGCGCUGCUGGUGGCCUGCUCACACCGCCUCCUCCCCUUCAUCCGGACCGGCCAGGACCUCCUCUGGGCUCUGCAGGGGUUGCUGGUGCCCGAUUUGUGGCAGAGGGUGGCUGACCUCGAAUGUGGUUCACCGUGGGGUGUGUCGUCCACAGGGAAGGGCCGAGACUCUGCUGUGACCCGCGCUGUGGAAGAGAGCAGGCGCAUGGUGGACGAGGCCAUCUACCACACCAUGAAAAGAGACCUCAGCGAACGAGAGAGCCCUUCUCCGUCACAGCUGCUGUCUUUUUCCAAGCUCCCCGAGCCAACCAGCCGCGCCGUUGCCCGAGCGGCUGAGAUCAUGGAAGCUUCCGUGCAGGCCGUGAAGACAAGAGUCUACGGGAAGCUCAGGCAAUCUCAGCCUCCCACCGAUGUCCUACCAGAAGACGUGCUGAGCACCAUCGCGAACCUGUCCGGAUGCCUGCCUCACAUGCUGCCCCCCACGUGUCCAGACACCUGCCUGGCAAACAAGUACAGGCUCAUCACGGGCGCCUGCACCAACAGAGACCAUCCCAGGUGGGGAGCCUCCAACACAGCCCUGGCCAGGUGGCUGCCCCCCGCCUACGAAGACGGCAUCAGCGAGGCCAGGGGGUGGAACCCCCACGUCCUGUACAACGGCUUUCCACUGCCCCCCGUCCGGGAGGUGACAAGGCAAGUUAUUCGAGUUUCCAACGAGGCCGUCACGGAAGAUGACCAAUAUUCUGAUCUCCUGAUGGUGUGGGGCCAAUAUAUUGAUCACGACAUCGCAUUCACCCCUCAGAGCACCAGGAAAGUUGCAUCUGAAGGAGAAGCCGAUUGCCAGUUGACCUGCAAAAACCAAGACCCGUGCUUUCCCAUACAGCUACCCACCAACGGCUCGGGGACCUCAGGCCGGUCCUGUUUGCCAUUUUACCGCUCCUCCGCGGCCUGUGGCACCGGUAUCCAAGGCGCCUUCUUUGGCAACCUGACCUCGGCGAACCCGCGACAGCAGAUGAACGGGCUGACCUCUUUCCUGGACGCGUCCACCGUGUACGGCAGCUCCCCGGCCUUGGAGAAGCAGCUGCGCAACUGGACCAGUGCAGAGGGGCUGCUCCGGGUCAACACGCGCCACUGGGACGCCGGCCGCGCCUACCUGCCCUUCGCGCGGCCACCUGGGCCCAUGGGCUGCGCGCCCGAGCCCGGCACCCGUGGGACGGCCCAGGCGCCUUGCUUCCUGGCCGGGGACGGCCGUGCCAGCGAGGUCCCCGCCCUGACGGCCUUGCACACACUGUGGCUGCGGGAGCACAACCGCCUGGCCGUGGCGCUCAAGGCCCUCAACGCGCACUGGAGCGCGAACACCGCCUACCAGGAGGCGCGCAAGGUGGUGGGCGCCUUGCACCAGAUCAUCACCAUGCGAGACUACAUCCCCAAAGUCCUGGGCCCCGAGGCCUUCCAGCAGCACGUGGGCCCCUAUGAGGGCUAUGACCCCACCGUGGACCCCACCGUGUCCAACGUGUUCUCCACGGCCGCCUUCCGCUUCGGCCACGCCACGGUGCACCCGCUGGUGCGGCGGCUGGACGCCAGCUUCCGGGAGCACCCCGCGCUCCCCCCGCUGCGGCUGCAGGACGCCUUCUUCAGCCCCUGGAGGGUCCUCAAGGAAGGCGGUUUGGACCCCCUCGUGAGGGGCCUUCUCUCGAGACCAGCCAAGCUGCAGGUACAGGACCAGCUGAUGAACGAGGAGCUGACAGAGAGGCUGUUCGUGCUGGGGAGCUCGGGCAUGCUGGACCUGGCGUCCAUCAACCUGCAGCGGGGCCGGGACCACGGCCUGCCAGGCUACAACGCGUGGAGGCGGUUCUGCGGCCUGCCCGCACUGGAGACCCGCGCCCACCUGCGCACGGCCACUGCCAACGCCAGCAUCGCGGGCCGGAUGAUGGACCUGUAUGGUCACCCGGACAACAUCGACGUCUGGCUGGGCGGCUUGGCAGAGACCUUCCUCCCCCGGGCGCGCACGGGGCCGCUGUUCGCCUGCCUCAUCGGGAGACAGAUGAAGGCCCUGAGGGACGGAGACCGGUUCUGGUGGGAGAGCAGCGGGGUGUUCACGGAGGCCCAGCGGCGCCAGCUGGCCAGGCAUUCCCUGUCCCGGGUCAUCUGUGACAACACGGGUCUCCCCAGCGUGCCCCCUGACGCCUUCCUGGUCGGAAGAUUCCCGAGGGACUUUGAGUCGUGCGAGAACAUUCCAGGCCUGAACCUGGACGCGUGGAGGGAGGUCCUUCCUCAAGGUGACGCGUGUGGCCUCCAGGGCGGAGUGGACAACGGGGACUGGGCGCUGUGCGGCGAGCCCGGGCAGCGCGUGCUGGUGUUUUCCUGCCACCACGGGUUUCGGCUGCACGGCCCGGAGCAGGUGGCCUGCUCCCCCCGGGGCGGGCGCUUCCAGCCCCCCGUGUGCAGAGACGUGAACGAGUGUGAAGACGUGGCACAGCCCCCCUGCCACCCGUCGGCCCGGUGCCGGAACACCAAGGGCAGCUUCCGGUGUGAGUGCGCAGACCCGUACGUGCUGGGGGAGGACGGAACGACGUGCGUGGACUCCGGGAGGCUCCCCAAGGCGUCCUGGGUCUCCGUGGUGCUGGGUGCCCUGCUCGUCGGCGGCCUGGCAGGCCUCACCUGGACGGUGGUUUGCAGGUGGACACACGCGGGCCGCAAAUCCUCACUGCCCAUCGUGCAGACAGGAGGAGCCUGCCCGCCGGGUCCUGGAACAUCCCCGGAAACGGGGGCGCAGCCUGGUGCCUGCACGCGGGGCGCGGGGCAGGACCCGGCCUAUGGAUCGCAGACCCCCCUCUGCCGGUAGUAACCACAGGCGCCUGCUUGGAAACCCCGCGUGAGAACUUGCUUCCGGCUGAUUCCUGGGAGCGCACGGCCGUCUCGGGGCAUCUGGGGCAGAAGUGCACCCUGGAAACGACACGGCCCGGGCCUUUCCGUCCUGCAGGAAGCGAGCUGCUGCUCAACACUCAGAGCCGCGUGUCACACACACGUGUGCUGCCCCUUUGUGGGACGGGACACAAGACAGUAGGCCUGCAGUUUACUGACCGGGGCAUUCGAGGCUUCAAAAUGGAUUCGUGUUCCCCAAAUCACUCCCGAGGCUGUUUUCCACAUCAGGGCCCGUCUGGCGUGUGGUCCAGUGACACUCAAGGGCGGACAAAUAAAUCCUCCCCUGACAACCGUCUGGCUGUGCGUGUGUGUGAGCCUGCCUGCCGGCUCCUCCUGGGGCUCCUGGACGGGGAUUCACCAGCCCCUUCGUCCAGCCAGACAGACGGGGAGGCGCCGUGUCCACUGCGUUCAGGGAUCGUCUCCCCCGCUCUCAUCCUGGCUGUCUCCUUCCUUCCACCCCGCUUCCUGCCCGCGCACCUGUUUCCUGCUUGUGCGUUUUUCCAGUGUCCUGUGCCCAGGUGGCCUUCGCGCCUGUGUCCUCUCCCGGCUGCCCUCCUCCGGGUGGGCCUGGAAGCAGGGCGACUCUCGGGGUCUGUCUCACCCCCGCCCCGAGGGGUCGAUGGCACGGUGUCCCGGGGCCCGGCCCCGCUCUGGACACAUGCUGCCUGCCCCCAGCUCCCCUCACUCAGGCAACAGCCUGGAGGCCCUCUAAGGCCUGGACCUGCUGGCGUCGGGGGACCGGUCAUCCCCACAAAGCAGCUAUUGUCAUCGCCCCGCUCUUCCACACCGAGCGACCAAGCAGCAGCCUGGGUCCCUCCAAGGUGGCCAGUCCCCCUGGGCCCAGCCGGGGGAUGGGAAGAGCACAGACGCACCUGCCCGGGAACCUGGGGAGUUAGUGACUCAGGGACACACUCCUGGACACCUCUUCACGACGCGCCGGGAAGGAGGACGCGGCAAGGAAACUGCCGAACGUCCGCGGCCCUGGCGUUCGGAACCUGCAGAUUCUGUCAUUCCCCACGGGUGCUGGGUCUUCUUGUGUCCCCAGACUCUCAUUGCUGUUAAUAUGAAGUUAAUGACGAUUCAGCCACAGUCAAGCACCCCGGCCAGAGCCCCCUCACCACCAGACGUGGGGGGCGUAGUGGACCCACAAACAUUGCACGCCGCGUGCUCCCCGGCCUGUGGACGGAGCUUUCGGGACAGGCUCUGACUCCGAGCGGUUUCUGUAAGGAGAUGGGUGGACACGGAUGGACAGUCCGCUGCCCCUCAGGGUCCCAGCCAGCCACCAACAGCGCGACUCGUGCGCGGCCUCCGCUCCAGGCUCUUGUUUUGGGCUUUCCCGCCUCGGGGCCUGUGCGCGUGGGGCUGGCCUCAUAGGCAGUGCUGAUGAACAAGUAAUGAGCCCGAAGGACGAGCCCAGCUCACACGGUCCCGACGGCUCUCGGUCCGACGACCCCUCACUGGCCCUUCCGGUGCACACGUCCGUCCCGGGCGAGCCUCACCGCCGACCAGGGCCCCCCAUGGGGCAGGACCAGGCUUCGUGACCGACCUCCAGGAGCCACGACCUCCAGGCGCCCCCACCUCCAGGCGCCCCGACCUCCAGGCGUCCCCACCUCCAGGCGCCCCGACCUCCAGGCGCCCCGACCUCCAGGCGCCCCCACCUCCAGGCGCCCCCACCUCCAGGCGCCCCCACCUCCAGGCGUCCCCACCUCCAGGCGCCCACUGCACCUCAUGUUGCCCCCAGACAGCCCUUGGUGGAGGCAGGUGUAUCUGGGAGAAUAGUCCUGAGGGUUCCAGCCCCGCUCCGGACUCCAGCUGCAGUCCUCUCCCGAGCGGUGUGCCAGUUACCAGGAGCUGUAGCAGGACCCGGGUGGGCUCCCCAGUCCCUGGCCAGGACGCUGGCCGAGGUGCUGGGCUCUGUCCUGUCGGGGUGGCUCGCAUCUGGGGCCAGGCUGGAGGAGGCCACGCCCAGAGUCGGGGUGGAAGCGGAUCCCAAACCUUAGCAAUUAAGAUCCUUGGCAGGAUUCAUUUCCUUGUGGGUGUGGGACGGAGAGCAGCUUUCGGAGUCAGAGAAAAAGGGUUGACUUUGGGGGGUUUUGGUUUGUGUUUAUUGGUCUUGGGGGAUUUUUGUUCUGUUUAUUUCGAUUUUUUUUUUCUUUUUCCGUGGCCAGUCAAGGCACGCCCACAGCUGGGAGAGGCCCCCUGGGUCCCCGCCAUGCCCCUCCCCCCGGGUGGGUCCCAGCGAGGCAGUGAUCGCGCGGGAGGGCAAAUGACAGCAGAGGGAGGGCCUCUGGCAAGAACAGGUGUCCACAGUGAGCUCAGAAGCCCCGCCCCUGUGCCGUUGCCUCCUGCGCUUAAGGUAGGGGCCAGGGGGUGACCCCACCAGAAGGGGGCGUCGGUGCCCCGUCCCACCCUUCCCGCCGCCCCAGGGGCCACUGAGUGUGAGAGUGUGACGGCCGAUGACACAGCCAAGGCUCAAGCCCACACGUGCUGAGCGUGGGUCCGCAAAACGGCCACCACUGUGCUGUCGAAGCGGCUUUUCCCCAGCGAGGGGCAGGAAUACCCGCGGGCGGGCGCCCCCACCCAAGAGCAGCCCAGCCGGUGAGCAGGGCCAUCCGCGCACCUUCGGCCGGGCCCCCGCAAAGGCGCCUCAGGUCUGGACCCGCCGGCCUCCCACGGCUCUGGCUCAGCCCUGCUCGCACCCGACGGGGUCCCCAGUCGGUGCCCGCCCAGCACCCGGCCCUGCGUUUCCCUGCCUCGGGGACGGCCGGCUGCCCCUCGGUGGCUCGGGGCUGACGUUAGUGCUGGUUCGUUCACGGGGACUGUGGAUAGGUGGCUGGAGGGCUCUGCAAAAGCGGGUGGCGUUUGAGAAGGACAGAGCUGAGCGGAGAAGCAAGGGCUUUGGGAUUCCGCUCCCUCUUUUGCGAAGUGUUGGAACGUCGCUGAUCUCUCCGUCCUCCCCUGCACCCACCCGAGGGAGGGGUGUUGGAAGAGGGAGCGGUGCGGUCCUGGGACCUGGGGCUGGGGGGUGGGGGCAGGGUCUCUUUCCGGUGGAUUCCACAAAGGAGCAUUAGAACAGCCUCUGUUAGCCGGAGGCCCGAGGUGGGAAGUCGGCGGGGCCGGGGUCUCAUGAGGGCUGGGAGGGCACAGGCGGUGGUCCCGCCUCAGGACCUCCCCCCCACCCCCACCGGGCCCCAACUCCGGGGAAGCGGUCCAUUCCGAAACACAAGAGCGUUUUCUGCACAGUUUUCGUGUCUUGAGCUCAUUAAGCAAAUCAGGACCCUGUCUUCCCAGCCAAAGUUCCUCCUCAUUUCUGGACUGUGCGAGGCUCUUUGGUCACACAUCCCACGGGGUUGCAUCUGGGGUGAUUGCGUUUUGCUGCGGUUCUGUGUACUUUUAUAAAGAUACUCCUUUAUCCCUCAUUUCAAGAUGUGAAGUAGAAAUAAAAAAGCAUUGACGACA